AUGAGAUCACGUCAAUCUUACAUGCUGAUAUGCGCACUACUAUUCAUCUUUUUGUUGUUCACUUACAAUCGGCCUAGGCUAAACCUACAAUCACUACAGCCAGACCUUCAGCAGUCAAUCAAUAAACCUAUAGCCCCAGUUAAAACAUUACCAGCAACUGCAACAAACACUGAACCAACUCCAGUAAAAAAUUCCUCGCAUCCAAUUUGGCAGUUGAUUCUAGAUAACGAGAAAGACUGGAAAAAAAAAUUAGCGAGACAAUCACAGUCCUUAUCUGAGGCCGUUACAGAAUAUCGAAGAAGAUAUGGCAUACACCCACCACCAAAUUUUGACAAGUGGUACGAAUUCGCAAAAGCUAGAAACGUACGAUUUAUUGACGAAUAUGACAAUAUUCAGCAGAAUCUAGCUCCAUUUUGGGGACUUAAACCUGCCACAAUCAGAGCUAGAGCACGGGAAGCUAUAGGUUUCGAUGCUAACAACCUAAUUGGCGCUCUUAUACGAAAUGGGGAGCUACAAAAAAUUGCAGGGGGUAGCGAAUGGCAGAUGGAGGCCACAGAGGGGAUGAUGGAUGGCUUUAUCAAGUAUUUGCCGGACAUGGACCUUGCCUUUAACAUCCACGAUGAACCCCGGGUUCUUGUCCCAUAUGAAGACUUAACUCGGCUUAUUUUUAUUGCAGAUAAUCAAACUAAACCUGUUGCUAAUGCAACUUUAGAGCCCAUAAAUUCGUGGUCUACUAGGCCUGUGGAUAUGAAUGAUGGAAGCCGUUUUGAGGAUGUUAGAAGAACGCGGUUUAAUGUCUUCGCACACCAACCAACCUGGGCUCAUUCAAGGAUAUCUUGCUCACCAGAUAGCCCAGCAAGAAUACUGGAAGACAACCAAAUGGCCGAUAAUCUGAAAAACUAUGCGAUGGGAGAACUAGGAUUUAUUUAUAACCAAACUGCACAUUCUGACAUUUGUCAGUCCCCAAGCUUCAGUAACAAACACGGCUUUUUCGAUCGACCUAAUGCCUUCAAUGUUGCUCAGGAUUUAAUUCCUGUGUUUUCUCAGUCUAAAAUCUCUUCAUUCAACGAUAUACUUUAUCCAUCCCCAUGGUACUGGUCUGGAAAGGUUCCCUAUGAUAGCUCAAUAGAUCCUACAUGGGCUGAGAAGAAAGAUCAAGUGUAUUGGCGUGGAUCCACUACAGGUGGUUUCAGUCGAGAUGGCAGCUGGAGGCGACAGCAUCGACAACAAAUGGUGCAGAAAAUAAAUACUAAUGACCGAGCAAAAAUACUGGUGAACAAGAGUGAAGAUAGUAGCGAGGAUUGGCAGACCAAAGAAGUACCUAGGAGUGACUUUAAAGAGCUUUUUGACGUCCACUUUACACAUGUGGACCAAUGCGAUCCUGCUGACUGCGAUGCCCAAAAAGAAUUUUUCUCCAUUAAAGGUUGGGCUAAACAAAAUACUGCAUGGAAAUACAAAUAUCUAAUAGAUGUCGAUGGAAAUGCAUUCAGCGGGAGAUUCUAUGCAUUUCUAAAGAGUAGAAGUUUGAUAUAUAAGCUUGCAAUAUUUAGAGAAUGGCACGAUGAAUGGCUAAAGCCUUGGUUCCACUAUAUUCCAAUGAGCCUGAAGGGCGACGAAUGGAUUGAAGCGGUACGCUGGUUUGCUGGCGAAGCACCAGGUAAGAAAAACGCAGAAAAAAUAGCGCUUCAAGGAAAGGAAUGGGCAGACAAGAUUCUGAGGAAUGAAGAUCUUGAAGCUUGGUUUUUCAGACUUCUAUUAGAGUAUGGUAGGCUGGUUGACGACAACAGAGAAGUAAUAGGCUACAAGCCUUAA